AUGCCACAGCUGUUGCUGGCUUUGCGUCAGGCGGGGACGCAGGACUUUUACCGGCAGUGUCACUAUGACUAUGCGCUGCUCAGGGUCAUCGGUGGCCCGACCCCGGCGGACCCUCCUCCGACAAGAGGGAGCUGGCGGCCGACUUUGCAGCCCAAGGUCGGCGGAGCGGGACCACUCCGACGACAUGAUGAGGUUCUCCGGCGGUCACGACGGUCCAGCUCACUGGCGGUGACGACCUGCGACGCUUUGGAGGACAUGGAGCGUGGCGCUGGCCAGGUGACGGCCAUGUCGGCAGCUUACUACGUCAUCCCACCGCUGCCACCCAAUGUCCGAGGCGGUCGCCUUCCGGAGCACAUUGCUGGCGAGGGCGUUGACCUGCCGGCGCCGCCGGCCACCGUCGACGACACGGGCACCUUCUACAUGUUUGCUGGUGCGGCGACCUGUCGUCGCCUUCGUCGCCGACGUGUGCCGGUGGUUGACCCGGGAUCGAGGGCCACCGAACACAGGUGCAGCGACAACUUCGCCCGACUGGCGAUGUCCUUCGUCGAGAUAGGGGCGAAGGAGCACUUCCCGACACCGACGGUCAGGGCGCUGAUCAUGGCGCACGAAGUGCCCACCCACCGUUUCGUCGAUGACUACGUGGACAUCAUCCGACGCGUUGUGGAGCUGGUGGGACCGGAGCAGGCAGAGGGAGUCACGAUGAUUCACGAUGUGGUUCCACGUGGCGAUGUGCUUCGGCGCUGCGUCGUCCGUUUGGAAUUUCAACCGCACAGCCGACACACUCCAGGAGCUGGCGGAUGGCGCUUUGAUGGCGUGGCGGGUUUCCUUGACCUGCUGGGCUUACAGACGAAACCGUCGUACGCCCAGAGGAUCCGGAAGAUCCAGGCCACCAUCGGCGACGUCCUGGCCAAGGACGACCUGGCGCCACACACGGCCAACGACUGGCGAGCGGCGCUGACGUCACUCCAGUCGCUGUUGUCAGCCAUCCACACCGGCGGCACUCAUCUACGC